CAAAUACCUACUCGCCCCAGUUCUUUUCCGAGGUGGUCAUUGCAGGCGCUGUCCAGCGGUGUUUUGGCGGUCAAAUCAAAAUGGCUUCUUUACUUGAAGUGGUUCAACAUUUUACUCAUAAAACAGGCAACCUAAAACAAUGUAUGGACUUACGAAAUGCAGCAAAUUCAUCAACUUGUUUAUCUGACUUGAAGUCCAUUAAUAACGAAGUUACAGAGAUCGAGCAAAUACUGUCAAAGAUGAGGGAACAACUGGUGACAGAAAAACAAAAUCUUGAUAGAGGAAAGGCUCUAGUAGAAAUGGUACAGGAGUACAGAGAUAACAUCAAGCAUAUUGCAAACAAUUUGCCAUCUCAUUUACCAAAUACCAAGAGAGAAGCUUCAAACAAGGAACAGUCUACCAAGCACUCAAUACCAAUCAACCAAGAACAGCAUUCCAUCAAACGAGCUAAAGUGACCAGCCGUAAUGGAGACAUAGAGGUCCCACAGAUACCAUACUUAACAGUGGAUGAGUUUGGAACUGUACCAAAAUACAUCAAAGGAAGGAUUAAUUAUCAACAAGUGAAUGAUGCAAUAGAUGAAAUCAACAAAGUCAUCAAAGCCAAGUAUAAGAUUCUUAACCUGCCGAGGUCUGCAAUGGGAGAGCCAAUCAUGAAGAAAUAUAAGGCUUUCAAAGAAGCAGAGACAGAGGAAACAAAAGGGCAUUAUUUCUUCAUUGAAAAUGAUGUGAAGAAUUAUUCCAACCUGAAGCUUGAUAAAGCAGGGAGAGCCAUUCUGACCAUCAUGCGUCACUGCAGUCAACUUAAGGAGCUGCGCAGUGGAGGACUAAUAAGAUAUGCUAUAAAACAAUAAUCUAAUGAACUAUUAACCCUUGUUGAAUAUUUCCUGUCGUAUAACAUAGGUGUUAAAAAACCUCUUGGGAGUAGAGGUGAGGAGGAAUGGCAAAUUUUGAUAAUAUGUAUCCAUACUGUAGAAACUAGACACUGAUGCUAGUGACUUUCAUGAUAUUAAUAGUUUCAGGGCUUAAGAUAACAGCUGGUAAUCAGAAAAGGUCAGAAAUAAGGUAUGACUGAGCUAAACCUAAUUUGGCCUGUGAUUGUGGCUGGUGACUGAUUGGCCAUCAUUUUGAGGCCUGUAGUUUUCUGUAUAGUAGUCAUAGCAACUCAUUAUUUUUGCCUUUUUAUCUAAUUUUCCUUUUCUUUCUUUCCAUUUUAUUGGAAUCUUUCCACUCAUUUCUUGUGUAAACGGUUGCCUUUUAUUUCCCCAUU